AUGACGAAAAUCCUACCUGUCUCGCCCGUUGGGUGGGAUCAGAUGAAAGACCACUGGUGGCAGUUUGUUUUAAUCGGGAUCUUGAUAGGCAGUGUCUCUAUUGGAUCUGUAUACCUCGCGUAUGUUGUGAUUCUGAGAUGCCUGGAACACUAUAAGUCAAGAAAACACUCGGACAAGGUUCCGGCCAAGGUCUUCAAUCGGCUUGCAUUGUUGACGAGCCGGCAAUUCACCUUAGCAAAUGCCCAGUUAACAGAGCAAAAGCCUUCGUCCGUUGGAGUAUAUUUAGGGCACUUCGAUGCACCCUUAAGCGACGAUCAGCAACGCUUUCUGAGCCAGUCAGAUCUCUUGAUAGUUGAUCCGUUUCAAGGUGGGACGAACGACGCCGUCUCAACCAUCGAGAGAAAACAGGUUCUAGGCAGACUUGACCUCACAACCAUAUAUCCUCAACAGAGCUCUACCAUAGCAGCGAUAGACAAUCUAGACAGCGUCUUGAGCCAAGUCUUCGAUGGCUCCGGUUAUACGGGCAUUCUGUUCGCCAACUGGGAGGGCAAAUUCUCUCCUGAAUGUUGGGGUAGACUUCUUGAAGCCCUUCAUGGCUUGGGUUUGUCCAUUUAUCUUGAAACAUCGCCUCCAGACUUUCUCGACAGUCACAGGGCGCUGCAGAGUGAUGCAAUUUCCGGUCUUGUUAUAAGAAAUGCUUGUAUCAUACCCACCGGUCAGAAGCGAGACUACUUCCAGAUGAAGAACAUGAAAACCACAAUCAAAGCCUUCGUCUCAGAGGCCUGUACAAGGGACUUUGUUGUCGUGGCCUGGGAAACAAUCGAUGAUGGUGUCUCCUUGUCAAACGCAGUUGUGCAAAGAUCCCUACAAUGGUGUAAUUUCUACAGUGCAAUUCCUUGGAUCGGCCACCAAGCGGCACUAAAGAAUGCAAGUCUCAAUAGACAGAUAUCCGAGCCGCUUUCCUCCUUUAGCUGGCUGAAGGAAGCCGAGAUUAUGAAGGCUCAUGAUCACUGGCGGUCCAACUCACAAGUUGAAGGUGGUCCAGCAAAUGACCUCGCCUGUCAGGACGCAUGGGAUACUCUCACAGCCCUUCUGCCAACCUUGCAGAAUGUUCUAUCAUCGUCAGAAUGCCCCAAAGAGGCCCCCGAAAAACUAACAAACACCAUUCGCGACCCCCCGGAGUGGGUUGCUCAAACCAGAUCGCAGGGUAACCCGCUCUCCAUAUCGGCGGCCGGAAUAGAAUACAAUGCCUUUGGUUGUUUCCCUUUAGGUGCUGAGGCUACAGCGAUUUCAUUUGCUGAAAUUCUCCAGUCCCAGCAGCGACUUCGGUCCCUAGGCCUACUUCAUCCUGUCCCGCUGCCAAAAGUGCAAAAUCUGGGUCUCCUGUUCCGGCAGUUCCACGACAAUCUUGUGCUUUCUGAUUCCUCAGAUCAACUUGCCGUCCUGAUCAAGGAACUGUCGAAUCUAGCAUGCAACGACCUUCUCCACAUACAUCUUGGAUUAGACUCGGGGUUUCGAAAGAGCAUGGAUGCACGAUUUUGGGCUGUGUAUCAGAUGGAUUCUGAAGGAUUCGAUAUUUUUGUAUCCAGGAACGCAGAGGGGUUGGCAGGAACCGUGCUACAUACGUUUUUAUCUGCCAAGGGUUGUCCACGGGAUGUUUGCUUCGAGGCAGAGGUUAGUUUGGCCAAGUGGUCGAAAGAUACUGCAGAUGAUAUCGAGUUGCCCCGCCGGCUUGUGCGGGAUGUUGACGCUUUGAGCCCAGAGGAACGACUCCUUCUAUUGCAGCACCUGUCACUCACUGACGUGAAAAGCGAUGUGUCCGAAACCAUCUGCGUUUAUAUCCGGAGGCAGCUAAUCGACGAGCCUUCUUUAGCACAACUUAAACAAAUCAGUACAAUAUCCUACCUUGAAGGAUCCGUCUCCCCCGAGGAUGUCAUCAAUACUCGCAUCAGCUGGUAUCGAGAACAGGGCUCCAGACAUCCAUCACCUUCGCCUUGUUUAGCUCUUUUUCAUGAAACAGAAUUGGCAUUUACUGAAAUCUUAAGGGAUCGUCGUGAAGGAGACCUGAAGCGUAUUUCGCGGUCUCUUUGCCUGCUAGCUCAAAAUGGGCGCCUCGACGCUUAUAUCGAUGUUUUGUUACUUUCAAUAUUCUGUGCUGCGAGAAAGGCCGCCCUCGACGAGAUCUAUGAGGAAGUGACCGACAGAAAUCCGUUGUUUAAUGCUCAACCUGACCAAGCUGCCGCUUUUGCCGAAUCGUUCGCUCUGGGAUCACGAUGCGAGGCCUAUUUUGAUAUCUCACCGAGUGCUUUUGGGAAAUUACUAUCCGAUCGUUUCCGCAAAACAUACAAUGAUGAAUCACUUCCUGACUGGAUCAAUGGUGCCCCUGAGCUCGCUACAGCGUAUGCUGGGGCCCAGAUCGACGUUGACCCGGAUAAUAAAACUAAACCAAUGCGUGGAUAUCAACGGUUCACAUUCCUCAGCGUAUUCGCGGUCCCCGCUUUGAUUGAUAUUAUCCUCCUCACAAUCAUUGGCCGUGGUCUUUAUCUCUCUGCGUUUAUGACGUACGAGGAGCAGAACAGUGCUACCACCGCUCUAAUGAUAUCUUUGUUAUUGUCUGGUGGAAUAGGUACGUGGAUUGCUUGUGGCGGGCCCUACUAUCUCAUCUCGAUGGCUUUUGCGGCAGCGAACAUGUUCGUACUCAUCAGACUCAUUGCUGGGAUCGCAUUUACCAUUAUCGGCGGUCUGAUCGGGUUUAUUGUUGUCUCUGGAGUGGAUGGUCCACGUGCUGGAAUCGUCUUCUACCUCUAUCUGGUCGCUUUGACGACAUAUUUCUCUGGCUUUGCCUGCCUUGCUAGUUUCAGUUACCCUGGGUCCUCUUUUCUGUCCGGCCGGAAAGUGAUAUUCGCAUGCAUUCCGAUUUUAUUCGUUUCGCCAAUAGUGACUACAUUCACAGGCCACGACUCAGCAAUCUAUAUUUCAGUCAUCUAUGUCUUUAUCGGGUCUCUACUUUUCGGCCUCCGAGAUGUUGCAUCGAAGUGGGUCACUUGGUAUCAGAAUCUGAGGAGAACAGAUGACGCAGAAAUUCGAAAAUGGUAUAUAGAGGCCUACGGUGAUGGGGAUGAAAAGGUCUUCGGAAACCUGAGUGACCCGGCUGUCUUGAAGCUUUCAAGAGAGGCACUACUUAGGGAUAUACUAAACGAGAACAACCGGUGGUUCUUCUCUAAGCCGACUACUAGUAGUCUUCUUGUUCUUGAACUUGCGCGCGAUUGGGAUGCGACCAAUUUUCUUUUCGAUUGGUAUUGCAGAUACGCCGACGUACCCAGGCCAAUUCCUUUCAGCUCCUCUUGGAAUAUCCAAACAAAGGUUGCCCUUGAGUCCCUUCGAAGCGCUCAAAAAGGGUUAAGGCUACACAGUGCCUUUAUCCACUGGCGGCAGUCAAGCAGAGAGAUUGGUUGCGGUGUUAUUUACUUCAUCGUGGCUCUCCUAGAUAAGUGGGUAGACCUAUUGAGCGGCAACCACCUGAUUGGCCUUUCCUCCUCCCUAACAACUUCUUACCGCAUGGCCGUCGGGUUCGCGCUCGCUUACUACCUCAUUGGCGCCGUGCUGAUCGAUACCAAAGCCCAAGAGCUUCACGGCCUGGUUGGAGGCCAUGGACCGGUGGCUUUGAAGACAGCUAAAGACAUAAGAGAAGCACAAAAGCGAGACGCAAAGUUUAAAAGGAAGGUGUACUGGAGAACAUUUUUCAAAUUCCUCAUGUGGCAUGUAUGGAGCCUUGCCUUCUCUACAGCACUGGUGUGGACCUUCCAGUCGCAUGUUGAGGCUAUGAUCAUGUAUUUCUCCUAUGUUCUAGCCUAUACUGGCUUGCUUUGGUACCAGUACACCAAGAUUUUCACUGGACCACACGCGCUGAAGCCACUUUUAAUCGGGACCAUUGUGGGUUUACCUAUUGGUAUUGCACUCAAAGUUUACCUACCACGUUUCGAAUACUCACAGGUCAUAAGCUUGGGAGUGGCCACAUGGACAGUUGCAUUUCUCUCCCUUUUUUCAGCUAAGAUGGGAAUGCCAAAGGAAGUGGACUCCCCAGUGGAACUUGGAAAGACAUUCCACGCAUACACCGCGCCAUGGGGAGAUCCAGAGUGGAGCCAACAAGAGCUGCAGACGUUCUUCGAGAAUCUGACCUUGAUCCCGUCCGAGGCUCGCCUAACACUUUAUCCGGGUUCCCAUCCUGGAGUUGAAGUCAAACAAGUCCUUCUUUCACGGAGGAAAGAACCUAGAAUCGAAGAGGCGUUCCCGAGAUCACAGGAACUUGUGGACCUUGCCCUAAAGUCCUGGGAACAAGGGAAGGUGCUUCUCGAAUUGGUGCCCCCCGGCACGCUUGGGCCAAGCAUCCAAGCUCUUAGUUGCAGUACCACAAGUCAAUUGAGGAUUGCUUUGGCUGUGGGGAGAGGAAUAACCCAGCGAAUUGAUGUCAGCGCCAACUGUCAAGUUAUUGCUGAGACUCUUCUCCAUGCUGUUGCGGAAUCAAUGAUGCAGAUGCCUCACGAGUAUGCAGUGCUUGCUGAGUCCCUAGUCGCCGCAGGAGUGACCGAAACCACUGCACGACAGCUUCGAGAAGAGCCAGAUACGCCUCUUGUCGUACGUUGGGCUAAAAAGGAGCUCCUUCGUCAACUAUGCCUCGGGUUCGAAUGCGAUUUUCACUGGGAAAAGCUGUCAAAGGGUAUCAGAAAGGCAUUGCUUGAUCGUUGCCUUGGCCAGCCUUGCCAACUUUCUGAUAAAAACUACAACUGGCUGGAGGGGAGUCUCUGUCAAUUUGACACCAAAGAUCUAGCAGCUCACGUAGCUCGAAGUAAUCUAGGAGCCGCCGCUGCGGUCAGCAUCCUUGAUUACGCCAACUAUGGCACUGGUGAGGCUGCUACCCUCAAGGACUCGGAAACUGCCGCAUAUAUCCCGUACAUGCCAAAGCAGAUUCAUAUGGCUUUGUACUUUAUUUUAAAACCUCUGGUCUCUGCGUAUUAUGGAAUCGGCUCCACUAUCAAAUUUGUCGUCGUCGCCUUGGUCGCAGAUCCCGAAUUUCAGCGAGAGUACAAUCACGUCAUGAGCAGCUACCCUGCGGUCGUUCGUGUACCAGCUACGCUCGUGUUGAGUAUGGUCUGGUCCUAUGCCAAAAUUAUGCAAAAUCUGGGGUUGUCGUUCUUCUUAUUCCACGGUAGAGACAAUGUCAAGCAGCUCUGGGAUGAAACAAAGGGAAUGACCAUCAACAUCAAGAAAAGCAGGUAUAUAGUCCAAAGCCUAGAUGGGACUUUCACAGCUUUCCGACAUAAUCAGCCAGAUGGAGGUUUUCAAGUCCUCUACUACGCCGGUGAACCCAAGGUCGAGCCGGAAGGAACAAAGCAUCUUAAAUGGAUCAGCACCUACUCUAAAGAUCUCCUCCUCCUCAUCCGGCAAGAGUAUAAAGGCGGCGAAGUGUUGAACGAAUAUCAUUAUGACUAUCGUACUCCAACAAAGAAGAAAGCCACGUUGAAACCCGCCGAGUCGAAGAUUCCAAUGGGCCGUCGGUGUGUGCGUGGGGAGAAUCAGCUUCAGAGCGUUCAGUACAACCGUAAGGGACUUGUUGAAGCGGGAUCUUACAUGAAAGAUGGCAAUCUCAUUCGCUUCAAGUAUCAUUACCGCAAAAACCCUCGGUUUGGAGACGAAUUGCUUCGCGCAGAAUUUGCCCUUUCGCAUAUUACCUGCACUGUGUCUUGGUGCGCUCCUCCUCUGCGGCAUCCUGAAAAAAUUGAACGGUGGAUUCCGCAUGCCAAAGUUACAGAAGCCACUUUUGUCCAAGGUCCCGAUGUUUAUGAGGCGCGAUGGUUGUAUGAUCAUAAAUUCCAUCCAACUAUCUUCACAACCUUGAACGGGCAGAAGGUACACACACCUCCGAUGAUUGAACACGACUACCUGGCAGUGCUCGCAAAGCCCAAGUUUACCAGCUUUGUACAUGACAACCCUUUAUUUUAUUGCGAUAGUCUCAGCUCAAACAUUCUGACCCGAUUUUUCGGCCUGACAAGAAUGCGCUUUCCUGUUUCCACAUCUCGGGCACGUUCCUUAAUAUGGAAAGCUUGGAAGGAGCGAGUUGACUUUGAUGGAAUCAUUGUUCGUUGGAUGGAUGAUCGGCUGUUGCGACGAGACAAAACCCUUGCACCGUAUUGGCGCAAUCGCGAUUGGGGUGAUCUUGCCGCAGCAAAGAAAUACUUGGAGCUCCGUGCCGAUACUAUCACUGCGAGUGCAGAUCUUGAUGACAAUAUCUCCAGUUGGACCCCGUUGGCAGUCAAAGUCAGCGAUCUGUUCAACUUUGGCCCCGGUGGUGAUGCUGUGGUCAACACUAGGUCUAAAGACUUUGGCUCUGAUACCGAAAAGUCUCUCCAUGUGAUGGCUGCAGAUACAGGAACCUGGCCAAAUGAAGGUGGCGGUGUCUCCGCCUGCAGACGCGAUAUGAUUAAUUCCCUUCGGUCAAUCAAAUGGCAUAUGAUAUGCGAAUCAGCCAAUGACUUUGGUGUGCCCAAACAUCAAACUGAGCAAAACAUUCUCUCCUUGAAGGUGAUUCCUCUCUGGGGUCUCGAUUUCCUCACUCCUACACAUGGACUCUUCAGGAAUAAACUUGAUUCAGAGGUUGAAAGCGCUACAUCUGCCAAUGAUGUGGAUAUCAAGAUGAAUUUCAUCCCAAUUUUGACGGCUCUGGUCAAAGGAGCUCGCAGCGUUCACCUUUCUAGGGCUGAAAUCCGCCAGGCAACUAGGGCUUUAGUGAACCUGAAUACAUUCUUCCAGGAUUCGCGUCAUUGGACCCAGGUGUGGAAUAGCGACGUUGUCAAGGAAAGCUGGAGAGAUCUUUGGCUCACUCAAGAGAUGCCGAAUACUAUGCCUUCCUCGGAGUGGCUCCAUACUGAAUUGCCCACUUUAGGAACUCUUGACGUUGCCCUAGAACUCUGGUAUCGCUACCUUUUCAUCUUCUCCAUUCCGAUACCCGAAAAAAUCCCAAGUGUAUUCCAAGCGUCACACCACAGUGUCAGCGCAUCCUACGGUGUUGUUUGCAAAAUGAAGAAAAACUGCACUUUGCAGAUCUGGGAUCAUGCAAUCAGUUGGCGUGAGACGAAUCUCUGUCUCUCUUCUGCGCUUUGCAAGCUUUCUCCGUUCGUUCGAAAUACACUACUUGGUUUAAUGCGAGUCACAUCUGCACUAACUCUCUAUCACGCAGAUAUCAUCCUGCCAUGUGCCGACUUCUUCAAUCCUGGUUGGGAAGUGGAGAUCGGAACCUGUCAAGGAGCAAUUGAGCACCGCAACAUCUUCCGCCGUAAAGUUGACCCUGUUGUCAACGGCAUUACAGAUAUGCAAAAGUUCUCACCAGUGAAAGAGAUCAAGUCUCCGCGCCCUACAGUAACUAUGUUGUCACAUGUCUGGUAUGCCAAGGACAUUAAGACAGCCCUCCUUGCCGCGGAUAUCAUCAUCAACCAAUGGAAGUUUGAGGAUUAUCACCUAGAUAUUUACGGAGCAAUUGACAAAGCUCCAACCUACUCCGUGGAGUGUCAGGAGAUUAUUGCCUCAAAAGGUCUAAGAGGCAAGGUAACUCUACGCGGCUCGGCUGAUCCCAUGAAAGUGUUGGAAAACACCUGGCUCUUCUUAAACUCCUCCCUCUCCGAAGGUCUACCACUCGCUCUCGGAGAAGCCGCUUUAACUGGUGCCCCAGUGGUCUGCACUGACGUUGGUGCUUCUCUGCGAGUACUCAGCGAUCCAGACGACUUCUCUCGCUUCAGUGCCGUUGUAGCACCCAAUGAUGCCCAGGCACUUGCAAGAGCUCAGAUUUCCAUGUUAGCUCUUCUUGGUGAAUGGAGUCAAUAUGCAGACGAUACAGAGGAGCCACCCGUGCUCACCUCGAGACCAACACCAGAAGAAGUCGCCAAAAUCACCCAACGCAUGUACGAAAAAAGCGAAUACCGUCGCAAACUCGGUAUGAUGACACGCAAGAUUGUGCAAAAGUCCUUCAGUGGCGAUCGUUAUCUCCGUGAACACGAGCAAAUGCUCUGGAUAGGCAAAUCUGCAAAACUAAUAGGGAGUCGUGUUCCUGGUGCCCUCGACGAGCCGACCGAUAUCGCAACAGCAAUUCAACAAACAAUCCCCAUUGAGGAAGACGUCAUUACUAUUCCCCAAAGUGCCGUCAACUCGUGGCGUUCCUCCGCUGCUUCUGGUAUGUCGACCCUCUUCAGCUCCGUCUCCAACGUCCCCAUGAUAAACGUCAACAACCAACGCCCAUUUUCCAUCCAUUCCAGCUUCAGCAAUGCCUCUACCGACGCAAGCUCCUUUCUCCCCCUCCCCAGCUCCACUCUUCCUGUAUUUGCCCCACGCCAAACACUCCCCUUCCCUGGCACCUCCGGGAGCCGUCCCCCAACAGGCCGGAUAUCCCCCAGACUCAGUCGCCCCGGCCGACGUUCUCGCUCUACUUCGCUUUCGACCGGGGGCAGAGACCAGGUACGCGGUCUGCAACGUGAGGACCUUCGGCAGUAUCGCAAUUCCGACGUUAGUACCAUCAUGAGAGACGAAUUCCUUCAGUCGAGUAUCUUCCGUGGGAAUGAAGGCAGCCAUGCUACUUGA